UUCUACCUGUUCAUCAACUACUUUCUGAGGCAAUUUUACACAUUAAGAGAGCGUUGGAGGACGUUAUGAGUAAAAAAGCGCAUCGUCGUGACGCAGCGUCACCGUUUUGGAUGUAGAGGUCGGAAAGUCGAAGCUGUCAGCUGAUUUAAUGAAAAGUUUUCCCAAUGAGGAUUAAACAAAUCACGAUGAUUUUGUGGGGGGUUUUAUUUUGUUUUUUUCAUUCAUCAGAUUCCAUGAUCGACUUGACCAUGAUCUCCCCAGCUGAGGUCUCCCACGUCAAUCAGUUCAACAUAACAUGUAUCAGUGGAGAGCGCAGUCCUGCCCAGCUGGACAUCAAAAGAGACAACAAAAUCCUCAUUUUACCCAAAAGUCCACGUUUUAAUGUGCAUAAGCCAAAGAACACAGAGGCUUUGGCCACCAACUUUCGUGAUUUAGAGAAUAUUGGUAUCUUCUACUGUGAAUCUACUCGGGAAGUUCCACAUGCAUUUGAGACAGUUACAAUGAUUAACAAUAUUGGUGGAGCUAAUUUUAUUCCAAACUCCCUUACACUGACUGCUAGCAAAGGAGAGACAGUUCACCUCAGCAUGAAGCUUCUUUGGUCUGAAAAGAGAGACGUAACCUGGAAGUACAAUGGAAACUACUAUUAUAUGACUCACUGGAUUGAUGUGGUUAAUUCCACGGCUGUACUGAUGGUGGAGAAUGUAGAUCUUGCUAAUGAAGGCAUCUACAGUGCUAGCUAUGUUGGAGACAGCCCCCUCAAAGGUGCUUGGAUGAGACUCAUUGUUAGAGCCUGUCCUAGUAAGAAGUGGGGCACUAACUGUGACAAGGACUGUCCAGAUUGUCUCAAUGGUGGAGUUUGUCAUGAUAUGGUUGGAGACUGUAUCUGCCCUCCAGGAUUCAUGGGGACACGCUGUGAGACAGCCUGCAGAGAAGGAAUGUUCGGUCGAAACUGCCAGGAGUCAUGUGGCUCCCAGAUGAACUGCAAGGGGCUUCGCUUCUGCCUAUCCGACCCUUACGGUUGCUCCUGUGCCAGUGGUUGGUUUGGGAAUCACUGUGAGAGAGCUUGCCAUAAUAACAUGUAUGGACCAGACUGCAGGUUGAGGUGUAAAUGCCAGAAUGGAGGAGUCUGUAACCGUUUUAGUGGAUGCCAGUGCCCUCCAGGGUGCAGAGGGCAACACUGUGAGAAGUCUGAUCAGGCUCCUGAGAUUUUGGACUUGGAUGGCAGCAUGGAGUGGAAUCUGAACUCUAGUCCUGAGAUCUCAUGUUCAGCUACAGGCAACCCCCCACCCAGUCACGAUAGCAUUGAGCUUCGAAGAUUUGACAGCACUGUGUUCAAGCCCUUAAGAACCAUCAUGGACUCAAAUAAGAGCACAGCUUUGUUUAAGAUCCCUCCCCUGAGUAUGCAGCUUGGAGGACUAUGGGAAUGCAGGGUGUCCACUAAUGGAGGUCAGGACUCUCGCAAGUUCAACAUCACCAUUAAAGAGCCUCCAGUGCCCACUACAGCGCCAAAAUUGCUGGAAAAGCGGAGUAAGCAACUUCUGGUGAUGCCAGCAGAGUCACACAGAGGAGAUGCCCCAAUCAUCUCAACCAGACUCCUCUACAAGCCUGUGGAAAAUGGAGACUCCUGGUCUUCCAUCAUAGUUUAUAGUGAUAAAGAGCCUAUCACUCUGAUGAACCUGGAGCCCUCAACACGCUACCGUGUCCGUGUCCAGUUGAGUCGACCUGGACUAGGAGGAGAAGGCGCGCCAGGGCCAGAAGCUGUGAUGGAGACAGACUGUCCUGAGCCCACAAUUCAACCUAAGAUUGACAUCUGCUUGGUGGAGGGCCGCAAUACUACCUUGCACUGGCAACUGCCCACCAACGGUGGCCUUGCAGCUGGCACAGCAAGUGGUUUUUUAGUGCAGCUCUUCGCACCACCAUCCUACACUGAGAAACUGCUGGAGGAAACCACCCUUCUCAAUGUGCUCUCCACUAAGUUCCACAACCUGAAGUAUCAUCAAGACUACUCUGUAGUGGUGCGCCUCAUCAACUGUGGCAGCCAGGGACCACCUUCCAAACCAUACCACUUCCGCAUCAACAGCCAGGGUCCAUCAUCCCCACUCAGCAUCCAGGCCCAUCCACUGUCCUUGUCAGCCAUCCAGGUGAGGUGGCAGCCCCCAGAAGAUCCAAAUGGAGGGAUCACUAAAUACAUCAUAGAGUACCAACCACUUGGUCAAGGAAGCCCUCAUGCUUGGGUGGACACAGACGAUGGGAACAAGACAGCCAAAGAUGUAACAGCACUCAACAGCAGUACGCUCUACCAGUUCAGAGUGAGGGCGUUCUCUAAAGUGCCAGGAGAGUGGAGCAAUUUUGCACGGGCAAUGACCCAAGGGGAUGAUCGUGUGCCAACCACACAGAGUGUGACUGGGAAGCCUGUUGGGGACAGCUACCAGCUGCUGGUGGCAGUGGUGGGCUCAGUGACUGUUACCUGUGUGACUAUACUGCUAGCGCUGCUGGCUCUUUUCUUCAUUAGGAAGACACUGCUCAACCGUCGGCGGACGUUUACCUACCAGUCCGGAUCGGGUGAAGAAACUAUUCUACAGUUUAACUCAGGAACUCUGACGCUCACUCGAAGGCCCAAGCCAACACCAGAACCUCUCACCUAUCCAAUUCUUGAGUGGGAGGACAUAAAGUUUGAAGAUGUUAUAGGAGAAGGCAACUUUGGCCAGGUCAUCAAAGCUAUGAUCAAAAAAGAUGGCAGUAAAAUGAGCGCAGCCAUCAAGAUGCUAAAGGCAGAGUUUGCCUCAGAGAAUGACCACAGAGACUUUGCAGGAGAGCUUGAGGUGUUGUGCAAACUAGGCCAUCAUCCCAACAUCAUCAACUUGAUAGGAGCCUGUGAGAACAGAGGCUACCUUUACAUAGCCAUAGAAUACGCUCCCUUCGGAAACUUGCUUGACUUCUUGAGGAAGAGUCGAGUGUUAGAGACGGACCCUGCCUUUGCAAAAGAGCACGGUACAGCUUCUACCCUCACCUCACAGCAGCUGCUGCAGUUUGCUGUGGAUGUGGCAACUGGGAUGCAUUACCUCAGCGACAAACAGUUCAUCCACAGGGAUUUGGCAGCAAGGAAUGUUCUUGUAGGGGACAACCUUGUGGCAAAGAUAGCAGACUUUGGUUUGUCCCGUGGUGAGGAAGUUUAUGUCAAGAAGACAAUGGGGAGGUUGCCAGUACGCUGGAUGGCCAUCGAGUCCCUGAAUUACAGCGUAUAUACAACCAAGAGUGAUGUGUGGUCUUUUGGUGUUCUUCUUUGGGAGAUUGUAAGCUUAGGUGGCACGCCAUACUGUGGGAUGACGUGUGCUGAGCUUUAUGAAAAACUUCCCCAAGGCUACAGGAUGGAGAAACCCAAAAACUGUGAUGAUGAGGUUUAUGAGUUAAUGAAGCAGUGCUGGAGGGAUCGUCCCUAUGAGAGACCCCCCUUCUCCCAAAUCUCUGUCCAACUCAGCAGGAUGCAGGAGGCCAGAAAGGCCUAUGUGAACAUGGCUCUCUUUGAGAACUUCACCUACGCUGGGAUAGAUGCCACUGCUGAGGAGGCCUGACUACCAGCUCCCCCAGACCCUAACACGUCACGUAGCUCCAAGAGGAAGUCACAUGGGAGGUUGCCGCGUUACUGCCACCACCCUGCCACUCAACGACAAAACAGGAGGACUGGACACUCUGCCACCACCCAGCUAUAGAUGUAAGACUGUGAAAGGACACUGUGGGCAGGUAUCACAGGCAUGAAGAGAUGUGGAGAUGCGGCUGGGCCUUCAAAGGAGAGGUGUUACUUCCACUACUUCCACCACCUUUUGGAAAAUACAACCCCUGUCACUAAAAGUAAAAUAAAAAAUAUAUACAUGAAGUAUUUACAGGGGGGAAGAAGGCACAAAGUGUGCAUCCUGAUUUUACAAAGGUCACAAUGCUGGAUCUUAUUCUUUGAGCAUUGUGUGGGCCUCCCAAUAUGGCGCUAUGUGACUUGCUGAAACACCACAGGGUCUGUGGGGUAUCAAUGCUGGAAUUUUCACUCCUUUGGAAGAGGAGAUCUUUUCAUUAACAUGAAAUUAAAGGACACAGUGUGGAUCAAACUUUCUUCUCAAGUUCUCAAACUUUUUGAAAGGGACUUAAGACUUACAGACUUUUACCAGUGUAGCACUUAAAAGCAGCCUCAUUUGUACCAUUUUGUCUGUAAUUGUAAUUAUCACUGCCAGAUGACUGUAGCCACUACUGUAUGUAUAUUAACACAUUUUAUAGGAUGCAUAGAAGUAUCAUAACUUCAUAGUAACUAUUGUAAGAGACUGAUUAAAUCCAACCAAGGUGGGUCAUUUUGAUGCAUCCAAAGUUACACCACCCAAGGAGUUAUUUAGGAAAUGCCAACGGAAUAAAGCCCAUUUCUGAAGCAGGUUUGAUUUCAACAAAAUGUCAAAUUCACAAUGAUUUCUAAAUAUAAAUAGUCCCGCAUACCUUUUUAUGGACCUGUCUUGCCCAGGAUCAUGACAGCAGAAUUAUGAUCUGGCUGCCGUGUUAUGCCAAACAAGAGAAGCUUUUAUGGAUAUGAGGCUCCACUUGAAUCCUAAAUGUUAUUCUUUAUUGUUAUUUUCUUUUUUUUUUUCAUUUGUUUAUUUCCAAAUAACUGAUGGACCGGACCAGAGCCAUGACAGAAGGGAUAGGAUGAACAGAAAAGAGAGAGAAGAGGAAAGCGAGAAAAAAUUAGAAAUGGGAAAUGCUACACCUGAAAAGAAAGAAAUAGACAUCCUAAGGUCUUUAAGAAAAUACACCAGACAAUCAUCAGGAGCACCUGCAGGAUGAAAAAUUGUAAAAACCAUCAACAACAAUGAAUACAACAAGUAUAUGUGUGUGCAUGUGUGUGCAUGUGUGUAAAAAAUAUUACACAAGAAGUUUUCAAAACAA